CGCACUCCUCUUCUACACUUCCUUGUCUCUCUGUCUCAACUUUCCUUCAUUUUCUCUCUUCCUCUCACCGAGUCACGCACUCGGCUUGACUCGUACGAACUCCGAUCCCCCCCCGAGUCACACUCAACCAGCACCACCGCCCGAUCCGACGAUGUCUCGCGCCUCCUCCGCCGCAGAUUCCGCCGCCUCCGGUGAGAUCAUACUGUUCGGAGUCAGAGUCGUCGUCGAUUCCAUGAGGAAGAGCGUCAGCAUGAGCAACCUCUCACAGUACGAGCAUCCUCAAGACGGCAGCAACAACAAAGACGCUCUCGCCGCCGGUUACGCCUCCGCCGACGACGCCGCUCCUCAGAACUCCGGCCGCCUCCGGGAGCGCGAGCGAAAGCGAGGAGUUCCGUGGACGGAGGAAGAGCACAAGCUGUUUUUGGUUGGAUUGCAGAAGGUAGGGAAAGGUGAUUGGAGAGGAAUCUCCAAAAACUACGUCAAAACGCGAACGCCAACGCAGGUUGCGAGCCAUGCUCAGAAGUACUUUCUCCGACGAAGCAACCUCAAUCGCCGUCGCCGUAGAUCCAGCCUCUUUGACAUCACCACCGACACGGUCUCUGCAAUUCCAAUGGAGGGAGAACAGGUCCAGAAUCAAGACACGCUGUCUCAUUCACAACAACAAUCACCCUUGUUUCCUGCUGAAACUAGCAAAAUCAAUGGGUUUCCAAUGAUGCCAGUGUAUCAGUUUGGGUUUGGUUCUUCUGGAGUGAUUUCAGUCCAAGGUGGCAAUGGAAACCCAAUGGAAGAACUCACUCUGGGACAAGGAAACGUGGAAAAACAUAAUGUGCCAAACAAGGUCUCUACAGUGUCUGAUAUCAUCACCCCGAGUUCUUCUAGUUCUGCCGUUGACCCACCGACACUGUCCCUGGGGCUAUCCUUUUCAUCUGACCAAAGACAGACAUCAUCAAGACAUUCAGCUUUACAUGCCAUACAAUGUUUCAGCAAUGGAGAAAGCAUCAUUAGUGUUGCUUGAGAUUAUGGUCCUUGGAUUCACAUAUUAAUUACAUAUACUAAUCUUUCUCUAGUUUCCUGUCUUUUUGGUGGGAGAAAGAGAAAGAGGUUGAAGGAAAGGGUGAUGGAUUAGAGAAGGCAAGAAGAAGUUUUAAGUGACUGAAUUUGAUCCUUCUGUUCCUUGUACAGACCCCGGAAAAGGUCCUGUCCUGUUUCUUCUUGUUUGCUUAUGUUAAUUAAUGUCAUGACUUUAGAUUCUUGUUUAUUUGGCCGUUUAUGUUUGUAGUAGUUGAUGUAACUGAAAAUAACAAAGUACUCUCUGUUUUUAUCUGCUGAUAAUGUAUUGACGUUCGAUAUGGACUUCACAGAUGAGUGGUCUUUGUGGCUCCUUUGGGGGGAUAUUAUCAAGUUGGUAGUCUGUUUCAUUCA